AUGGGUGGCCGGUUGAUUUCUUUGCCGGAUCUCCCAGCUAGGGUUGCCGCCGCCGCCGCCCUCACCCGCGCUCGUGCCCUCUUCAACUCCGGCUGCGAGCUCCACCCCCUCCAGCGGUCCAGCCUUCGGAGCACACGGGUGCGGAUCAAAGGCAGUGGUGGACGGGCUUGUGAAGGAGCCGCAGGAGGCGCUGGACGAGGACAUCCAGGCCGCAUCAUGAAGGAGCGGGAGAUGCAGAGCUACAUCAGGACCGCGAGCGCGAGGUCGCCGGGUUGUAUUACAUUGAUUGAAUAUUGCGUCAAGAAGAACGAUCGGGUAGAGCUUAUCACGGCAAGCUACAGGUCGUACCUAGCAGACAAGCAUUGUCUCAUGAAAGUUUACUUUUUGUAG